CUGCUGUGGAAGCCUGCGUCUUGUACGGCUUGAAGCGGAGGGCAGCGGGGUUCCUGCGCAGCAACAAGAUAGCAGCUCUCUUUAUGAAGGUGGGAAAGAGCUUUCCUCCGGCAGAGGAGCUUUGCAAGAAGGUCCAAGACCUGGAGCAGCUCAUUGAGAACGCACGAAAUCAAGUCCAGGGCGUCCCAGAAAAUGUGCGCAAGAUGCCGAAGCUGCCCAACCUGUCACCUCAAGCCAUCAAGCACCUCUGGAUCCGCACAGCCCUGUUUGAAAAGGUCUUGGAUAAAAUUGUGCACUACUUGGUGGAGAACAGCAGUAAGUACUACGAGAAAGAAGCUCUCCUGAUGGAUCCUGUGGAUGGGCCAAUUCUUGCAUCUUUACUGGUGGGGCCCUGUGCACUGGAGUACACGAAGAUGAAGACCGCUGACCACUUCUGGACAGACCCCUCGGCAGAUGAGCUGGUUCAGAGGCACCGGAUCCACAGCUCCCACUGCCGCCAGGACUCGCCCACCAAGCGCCCGGCGCUCUGCAUUCAGAAAAGGCAUUCGAGUGGCAGCAUGGAUGACCGGCCGUCGCUGUCUGCUAGGGACUAUGUGGAGUCUCUGCACCAGAAUUCCCGAGCCACGCUCCUCUAUGGCAAGAACAAUGUCCUGGUGCAGCCACGAGAUGACAUGGAGGCAAUCCCAGGAUAUCUGUCCCUUCACCAGACUGCUGACAUCAUGGCGCUGAAGUGGACGCCCAACCAACUGAUGAACGGCUCUGUGGGGGAUCUGGACUACGAGAAGAGCGUGUACUGGGACUAUGCCAUGACUAUUCGCCUGGAGGAGAUCGUCUACUUGCACUGUCACCAGCAAGUAGACAGCGGUGGAACGGUUGUCUUGGUGAGCCAGGAUGGGAUUCAGAGGCCCCCACUGCGGUUCCCCAGAGGAGGCCACUUACUGCAGUUCCUGUCCUGCCUGGAGAACGGCCUCCUGCCCCACGGGCAGCUGGAUCCACCCCUCUGGUCGCAGCGGGGAAAGGGCAAGGUGUUUCCCAAGCUGAGGAAGCGAAGUCCCCAGGGCUCCUCCGAGUCUGCCUCCGACAAGGAAGAUGACGAAGCCACCGAUUACGUUUUCAGAAUAAUCUACCCAGGGACACAGUCUGAGUUCGUAGCCCAGGACCUGAUGGACGCACCGGGCACUGGCCUGCCUCCCAUGUGGCAACCCAGCACCCGCAAGUCCUCCUGCUCCUCCUGCUCUCAGAGCGGCUCCUCUGACGGUGGCCCAUCCAACGGCUGCAGCCAUGAAAGAGCUCCACUGAAGCUCCUGUGUGACAAUAUGAAGUACCAGAUCCUCUCCCGGGCUUUCUACGGCUGGCUGGCUUACUGCAGACACCUCUCCACGGUGCGAACCCACCUGUCUGCGCUGGUUAACCACAACAUCGUGUCUCCUGACGUGCCCUGCAACGCCAGCUCGGGACUCACCGUGGAGAUAUGGCAGAGAUACCUCCAGGACAGCACGAGCUACGAGGACCAGGAGCUGCUGCGGCUGAUCUACUACGGUGGGAUCCAGCACGAGAUCAGGAAGGCUGUGUGGCCCUUCCUUUUGGGCCAUUAUCAGUUUGGGAUGACGGAGGCAGAAAGGAAAGAGGCUGACGACCAGAUCCGCACUUGCUAUGAGCACACCUGGCCGAGUGGCUGGGGGGGCGAGGCCAUGGCCGAGUGGCUGGGCUGCGAGGCCAUCGUCCGGCAGCGGGAGAAGGAGUCUCAUGCCGCGGCCUUGGCCAAGUGCUCCUCCGGGGCCAGCCUGGAUUCCCACCUGCAGAGGAUGAUGCACCGGGACUCAACGAUCAGCAACGAGUCUUCACAGAGCUGCAGCUCUGGCCGCCAGAACCACGCCCGGCUGCAGAGCGACUCCAGCUCCAGCACACAGGUGUUUGAGUCUGUCGAUGAAGUGGAACAGACAGAAGCAGAUGCUCAGCUGGAAGAUGGCAAACAAAGCAAGAUCCCCAAUGGGACGGUUCCCAACGGCACGUGUUCCCCUGAUUCCGGCCACCCCUCUUCCCAGAACUUCUCCAUCGCAUCGGGGUUCUCGGAGCGCAGCUUUAGUAAUGAGGACAGUGCCCUGGAAACCAACAAAUCCUCGGCCAGCUCUCAGGGAAGGGCUGGUGGGUGCGACGUGCCGGGUACACAGGACCCGGAUGGUGCCCAGCGGGAGGAGAAGCUGCAGGGCCAAGACAGUCUGGAAGGUGAAUUUUCCACCAGUGGGAGCGUGGACUUUGUUCCCAUGGUUGAGAGCUCGGCUGGAGUUCUGUGUGGUCGUGAUGCUGUAGCCCUGACUGUGGUGGAGAGCUGGGCAGACAGCGAAGCUGAAAAGCAAAGCUUGGUGGAGAGCGAAGAUAACCUCUCCGAGGAGCCAGAGAUGGAGAGUUUGUACCCACAGCUGGAUUCUCUGACCGUGACUGAUCUGGCCAACAGUGAAGCGUCUGCUGUCUCCUCGACGGGUGUCACCUACUCUCCAGAGCUACUGGACAUGUACACGGUGAACCUACACCGCAUCGAGAAGGACGUGCAGCGCUGUGACCGCAACUACUGGUACUUCACACCUACCAACCUGGAGAAACUCCGCAACAUCAUGUGCAGCUACAUCUGGCAGCACAUCGAGAUCGGUUACGUGCAGGGGAUGUGUGACCUGCUCGCCCCUCUCCUGGUCAUCCUCGAUGAUGAGGCUCUGGCUUUCAGCUGUUUCACCGAGCUUAUGAAGAGGAUGAAUCAGAACUUCCCCCACGGAGGAGCCAUGGACACCCACUUUGCCAACAUGAGAUCACUGAUCCAGAUUCUGGACUCUGAGCUCUUUGAGCUGAUGCACCAGAAUGGUGAUUACACUCAUUUCUACUUCUGCUACCGAUGGUUUCUCCUGGACUUCAAGAGAGAGCUGGUGUACGAUGACGUGUUUGCCGUCUGGGAGACCAUCUGGGCAGCUGCGCACGUUUCCUCUGCACACUACGUGCUCUUCAUCGCCCUGGCUUUGGUGGAAAUGUACCGGGACAUCAUCCUGGAGAACAACAUGGAUUUUACAGACAUCAUCAAGUUUUUCAAUGAAAUGGCUGAGCGACACAACACCAAGCAGAUCCUGAAGCUGGCUCGGGACCUUGUCUAUAAAGUCCAGACUCUGAUCGAGAACAAAUGA